AUGUCGGUCUCGGAGCGCGAGCAGCUGAGCUCGGCGUACGACAUGGCGAUCGAAGCCAGCACGGGCGGCCGCGGUGCGCCCGCGGAAGAGGUCUACUACGGCUUUGGCGUCUUCAUGGGCAUCUCGGUGAAGAAGCUCAAGGAGCUUCGCGAAGAGAUGCAGAAGCGCAACAACUCGUCGCGCUUUGAGACGUUCCAUGGCGACGGCAACGAAGCCGCUCACGACAACGAGGAGACUGAAGACGAUGAAGACAUGUACGAGGCCGAGCCGCCCAAGGCCAAGACGCCGCCUCGUGUCGAGAAGAAGGUCAUGGAACGCCGAACGAGCGAGCGCCGCGCGGCCAAGAAAGAUGCAGCGCGCCCCGUUGCGAACGCACGCGAGAUUGCGGCGCCGGCGCCUGCCGCAGCUGUGAACAUGCCUGUCUACAGUGCGCCGCCGCCGCAACAACAACAACAGCCGCCGGCCAAGCCCAUGCACAUGCCGGUGUACAGCAUGCCAUCGCACGCGCCGUCGCUGACCAAGCCGAUCGAGAAGACGCCGUACACGAUGGAUCACAUGCCGCAGUCGUCGCAGAUGCCACCGCCGUUGAACCCACCCGCUUCGUACCCCGGUGCACAGCAUGGAAUGCAGCAUUCUGUCCCGCCGCCGUCGUACCAAUCCACCAACGGGUAUGCGCCACCACCGCAUGCCAUGAUGCCGCCGCAGCAGCAAGCGCCGCAGCAGCAGCACCCGUCGAUGCAGUAUGCGCCGCCGCAACCGCAACCGCAGCAGCAUGUGCAAUACAUGCAGCAGCCACAGCAGCCGCCGCAGUACGGCGCGCCGUACCACCAGUCGUACCAGCCACCGCCGCAGCAGCAGCAGGUGCCACCCGCGCCCGUGUACAGCCAAAUGCCGUCGGUGCCGUCCAUGCACGACCGCCAGGGACCGCCGCCGCCCAUGCAACACAUGCAGCAGCACCACCAAGCGUAUGGCAACCCGCCACCGAUGCAGCCGCCGCCGAUGCAGUCGCAGUCGCCGUACCAGCAAACGGGGUACCAGCACAACCAGGUGCCAGCGGCGUAUGCCCCGCCACCGAUGACUGCACCGGGGCACGAAUCGCAGCAGCCCUACGGCAACCAGAUCCCGUCCCCGGCACCGCAAGGCGGGCUCGGGCGCCUGCUGCCGCCGCCGGCGUCGCAGGGCAUCCCGUCGCUCAGUGGAUUUGGCUCCAAGCCGCUACCGUCGCUCGGAUUUCCGUCGGCGCAACCGCAGUAUGUGCCAUCGAACGCGCCACCGCAAGGCUACUACCACCAGCCGCCACCGCCGCAGCAGCAGUCGUACCAGCAGUCGUACCAGCCGCCGCCGUCGCACCACCACCAACAGCAGCAGCAGCAGCAGCAGCACCCGCAGUAUGCGCAACACCAAAACAACUACCCGCCCCACCAGUACGCGCCGCACCAAAUGCAACAGCAGCAACAACAACAACAACAACAACAGCAAGCGCCCAACGCUCCAGGCGCGCUGCCGUCGGCGGGCAGCGCGAUGGCCUCGUACAAGGGGCCGCUUGCGACGCCACCGGUGCGCAUUGGGCGCGAGGUGCGCCACACGACGGGCGGCCGACCGGCGACGUCACGGCGCGCCGACCUCGCGUGGCUCGCACCCACGCGGCCCUUCUCGGCAGGCGCCAAUUCUUGCGCGACGCCGCCGCCACUCGCGCCGCGCCGACCAGCGACCGCGCGCUGCGAGUCCAUGGAGGAGCGCAUUGGCCGGCACAUGAUGCCGGACAGCGCCACGGCCAUCGCCGAGGCGGCGCUCCGCGAGGCGCACCACGUCAAGGACGUCGAUCCACUCUGCGGCGGCACGGUCGAGAUCCGGCCGCUGCACGCUGUCUUACCCCGGGGCACGCGCAACGCCGACUUUUACCGCGCCCGCGGGUACCAGCACCGCAUGCAGGGCAACUUUGAGCACGCGAUCGACGACUACCACAGCGCGCUCAAGACGUCACCGCGCGACUUCAAAACCCUCUUUAGCCUCGGGAUUGCGUGCGAGCGGCUCGGGCGGCUUCACGACGCGCUCGCCGCGUACGCCAAAGCCGCCAGCGUCUCGCCACGCAAUGCGUUCGUGCACUACAACACGGGCAUUUGCUACACCCUCUGCGAAGAGUACACACGCGCGAUCCAGAGCUUCUCGGUCGCGAUCGAGCUCGAUGCGAAAAACGUCGCCUUCUACAAGGGCCGCGCGCAUGCCUACCGCAAGGCCGGGCGGUACACGGACGCGGCGAAGGACUACUCGACCAUCAAUUUUCUCUCGAACGAGCAGCACGACGGCGCCAAGGACGAGGCGCCAGAGCUCCAGCUGUACCACGCCAAAGGCGGCAUAUCCUUUUUACACAAGUCAAUAUUUGACACCAUUGACCCGAUCUUUACGUCGCGCCCAGCGCCAACGUUGAUUGCGUCGACCUUGCAGCAGAACGAUCAGUCCAUGUGCUACAAGCCUCAGAAAGGACGCGAGAUUGGCCGGAUCCCGCCGCAUUUGCGCACGGAAGAAGAUCUGCAGCUGCUCAUGGACAAGACGUACGUGUUUCCCACGUGCCGCGGCCUCCCCCGCGCCUUGCACCAAACGCUGUGCCGCGAGCUCGUGUCGGUGACCGUGUCGCCGCACACAGUGCUCUUCAAAGAAGGCGACAACGGCCACAUGCUCUUCUUCCUCCUCCACGGCAAAGUCGAACUCUUCAAGCUGCCCAUGGUCAAAGUCGGCGACGAUGCGACGACCAGCCAACUCGGCUCGAUCGAAUCGCAGCUCGCGGCGUUUGAGCCGAGCGCACUGCACCGGGAAAGCACGUUCUUGGACGCAGUGGAUCGCAUGCUCGAAGUGCCGGCAACGCCACUCUACACACUGCACACGGGCAGCGAGUUUGGCACCCACGGCCGCUUCCGCCAACUUCCACGGGCGGUGAAUGCCGUGGCCACCGACGCCUGCGAGCUGCUCAUGCUGCCGUGGUCGGUCCUCGACGCACUCGAACUGGCGCACGCCGAGAUGGAGUGCUCCAACGUGGCCACGUUUCUUGGGAAGCUCCCGAUCUUUAAAUACGUGUCGUCGUCGCAGCUGCGCAUCUUGGCCCUCAAGACAAAAUGGAUCAAAGUACCGAGCGCCACGGUGGUCCAGGUGUCGGGCCAGCACCACGAAGGUCUCCUCGUCGUUCGCAGCGGCACGUGCAACCUCGUGCGACACGACCUCCUCACGGCCACGGGGCGUCGCCUCAGCAGUCCUCGCCUCGCUUCCCAUCCUACUACCAACAACACCGCUGCCAGCAACAACAAUCUCAAGCUCGCACCGCUCGCCAAAGGCAGGCGCACCGAACAGCACGCGCGGCAGGCGUACCUCCAAAUGGAGCACGAAGACGACCCGCUGCAUUUUGUGUACGCCAACAGCACGCUCUCGUCGCACGUGCUCUCGACCAAUGACACGGCCGACGCGGUUCUGCACGCAGAGCUCCACGCGCGGGACUUUGUCGGCGAGCGCUCGUUUCUGAGCAACGAAGGCAACGAAAAGUCGUUUGCCAAGUACGGCCUCGUCACGAGCUCGUGCGCCGAGCUCCUCUUCAUCCGCAAGGCCGAUUUCUUCACCGAGACGUCGUACGGCACCCGGCAGCGCGUGCGCACCAACAUUCAAAAACUCAACGACGACGCGGCGGCCCGCGGCACGGCGGCCCGCGACCCGAAAGACUGGGCACGCUACAAGGCCAAGCUCGUCGAGCAGAUUCUCGUCGACAAGCGGCGGUCGCGUUAG